AUGUCCGGCCGCAGAUGGGAUGGAGGCGGCGGCUGCGGGAUAGAGUCCGAGGAGGAGGAGGCCGGUGUCGGCCUCAUGUCCGGCGUGCACGUGGCCGUUCGUCACCGGCGGGACGUCGUUGUCGAGGAGGAGGAGGAGGAAUCGUCGUUCGGCGGCCGGGGGUCCGUCGGAUACGGCGGCUGUUCGGGUGGCUGUGGCCGCGGUGGAAGUGGCGUUAGCGGCAGUGGUGCCGGCGGAUGUCCCGGACCGUCGUCGUCGUCGUCUUCGUCCGCCGCGUGCUGCUCCAACAACCGGACGUCCGGCGCCAAGCACGUGCUCGUCUGGAACCAGCCGGAACUGGACGAUCUGACGGCCGCGGACAACCACAACGGGUACAGUCACCGGCCCGUGCCGGCCAAAGCAUGGAUUGGCUCCCGUCACAUCGUCACGUUCAUGUUGUUCCUCGGUAUGGCCAACGCUUACAUAAUGAGGACCAAUAUGUCCGUAGCCAUAGUGGCCAUGGUCAACCAGACGGCGCUGGAGAGGGACCCGACAAUUCCGGACGACGAAUGCGAGGGCUACUACACACCCGCCGCGAACACAACCGUACACAGCAUGUCCAACGAAGGAUCAUUUUUGUGGAGCACGUCCCAACAGGGCUAUGUGCUCAGUUCAUUCUUCUACGGCUACGUUAUAACGCAAAUACCGUUUGGGAUACUGUCGAAGAAGUAUGGCGCCAAGUAUUUCCUUGGCGUUGGCAUGCUCAUAAAUUCGGUGUUCGGCUUCUUGGUGCCGUUAUCUGCCAACUUCGGCAUAUUUUCCCUGAUCACCAUACGUUUCAUUCAGGGGCUCGGAGAAGGACCCAUAGUUCCUUGUACACACGCCUUGCUCGCCAAAUGGAUCCCUCCGAACGAGAGAAGCCGAAUGGGAGCAUUCGUUUAUGCAGGGGCGCAAUUCGGCACAGUUAUUUCCAUGCCACUGAGUGGCGUACUUUCGGAGUACGGGUUUGCUGGUGGAUGGCCGUCGAUAUUUUACGUGUUCGGUGCAAUCGGCACCCUGUGGUCCGUCGCAUUUUUGUGGCUCGUACACGAGGACCCGGAAUCUCACCCCACUAUACCGCAUGACGAGAGGAAAUACAUUAUUAGUUCCGUUUGGGGAGCUGCUGGUGUGUCCUCUCCCCCCGUGCCGUGGAGAAGCAUAUUAAAGUCGGCCCCGUUCUGGGCCAUAUUGGUCGCUCACAUGGGUCAAAAUUACGGAUACGAAACGCUCAUGACCGAGCUGCCGACUUUCAUGAAACAAGUGUUGCACUUCAAUAUAAAAGCUAACGGAACGUACUCGUCACUGCCGUACCUCGCCAUGUGGGUGUUCUCAAUGGUGGCCAGCCAUAUAGCCGACAUGAUGAUCUCCUCGGAAAAGUUCACGCACACUGUCACUCGAAAAAUUGUCAACUCUAUCGGUCAAUUCGGUCCAGCAAUAGCGCUGAUCGCUGCUUCCUAUACAGGCUGCGAUCCGUACCUAACUGUUGCCAUACUGACCGUGGGCGUGGGUCUCAAUGGCGCCAUUUACUCGGGAUUCAAAGUCAACCAUCUAGACAUAUCGCCGCGGUUCGCCGGAAUACUGAUGAGCCUGACCAAUUGCUUAGCCAACUUAGCUGGUCUAUUGGCCCCGAUCGUUGCCGGCUACGUUAUUGACAAAAGGCCCACCCAAGCAGCCUGGAGAGUGGUGUUCAUAACGUCAGCGGUCGUGUACAUGGUUUGCUGUACGAUUUAUCUGAUAUUUGGCAACGGCACUCGCCAGCCGUGGGACAAUCCGUCCAACGAUCAAAUUAAUUUGGAGCACAAGAAAAAUAAAAAGAAGAACAAGAUGGCCAUGGACAUCGAGGACACCGUUCAGUGAACGGCGACCCCUAACGUCGUACCCACUGUCACCCUAUACUCAACAACCCCAGCUCCCCCUCCCCACCUUGCUCCCAAAAUAACCAUAAAACCACCCACGUCCCACUAAAUCAACUACCAUCCCGGCCGAAUCGCGCGAGUAUUCCAUGUAUAUUACAUCUAUAUAUGGACGCGCGCGCACGUUUUUGUGUAAAAGUGAAUAUUGUGUUGGUUAACAAAACAAAAAGUAAAGCACAUCUGUGAAAAGGUUUGAAAUAUAUAAAAAAAAAAAAGGAUAAUUCUUCGUAACGGUAUAUUAUAUAAUAUAAUAUUGUUGAUAAAUGUAUACACACUUUAUUUAUUAUUUCGUUUUAAAAAAAACUUAAUUUUUUUUAGAUUUACAUUAAAUUUACUUGGGUGUCGAAUCUUGACACCAUAGAAAGCACAUUCUAUUAAUUAUAUUUAUAAUUAUAUUUUUUUAUAAUAAUUAUUAAUGAAUAAUUAAAAAAAAGUCGAUGUUAGAUCAUUAUUGUCUAUUUUUAAAAAUAAAACUUAUUUAAUGGAUAAAAUAUGAAAAUAAGUUAAAUUUUUCGUUCUAUAUAUGACUAUUUAGCUUUUAAAAGAUAAAAUAAAAAUAUAUAUGAAAAAUUGUGAUAUUGUUAGAAGUAUAUUGUUGCUCCGGAAAAGUACAUAGCCUGAUGUGUUCUUGAUUUUCUCAAAAUUUAUGUCUUCCCCAUUUAAAAACAUUAAUUAUUCCCUCUCAAUUUUCCGAUUAUAUUUCGAUAGAUUGUAAGUAAAAACGAGUAAACGCAAUAAGAUUAAAUAUAUAUGAUUAAUUAUGUAAAUUAAAAAAGAGAAAAACCAAAAAAACCAUAAUUUGAUUAUUAUUAAAUGAUCUUGUGUUCCUUCGACUAGCUCAAUAUAUUCGUUGUUUUAGACAUGCAUGUUUUGAUAAAAGAUGUGCAAAAUGUAACUAAAAAAUUUAAAUAAUCUUAAGCAAUAAAUAAAAUAGGUCAUAAUAUUUGUUUUUCUGUAGGUGACAUUUUUUGAGAGCGUGUAUGGUGAACUGGGCAUUUCACGAAAGGGGAAAUUAUGUAAAAAUUUCUCAUUAAUUUCUUUCACAUUUUGUCAGUAUUUUUUUUUCACAUACAUAUUAUAAAAUUAUUAAUUAUAUUAUUAUCACUGCAUAAUUUUUUCCAAUGUGAUAGUUAUUAUAUUUAUUAAAUUAUUCGUUAAAAGAUU